AGAGAGAGAGAGAGAGAGAGAGAGAGCGCAGAGCAAGAGCUUCUUCCUGGUUCUAGUUCCUCUUAUAAAGCUGGUCAGGGCGUAACGGUCAGCAGAAAGAACGCAGCAUGGAGCAAAAGCUGGACCACCUCAUGACUCAUUUCUCAGAUGUGAUGGAGGAGGUGAGGGGAGAACUCAGAGAAAUGAAAAAACUGCAGGAUUUAGAGAAGAGACUGAAAAACGUGGAAGAAAUGCUGGAGGAGAUGAAGAAGGAAAAAGAGAAAAAGGUGGCCUUUUCUGCAUCGCUGUUGGCCUCUGGAGAAGGAUACACUGGACCCAUGAAACCUGUGCCAACACCACUGAUCUACAAAAAAGUCUUCAGCAACUAUGGGAACGGCUACAACCCAGAUACAGGGGUCUUCACUGCUCCGAUUAAAGGAGUUUACUUUUUCAGGUUUUACGCUCACUGUCAAGGUGGCACCACGAUGGCUGUCAGCCUGUAUAAAAAUGAUGAGAGGCAGUGCUCUGUGUUUUCCUGGAAGCCUGCUGCCAAUGGCAACGCCACCAACGGGACUGUCCUCACUCUGGAGAAGGGAGAUCGGAUCUACACCAAGCUCUGGGAUGAGACCUGGGUGUUCGAUGACACAGCAGGCUACACAAGUUUCAGUGGAUUUUUGCUUUUCCCCCUUUAAAUGUAAACCUGAAAUCCUGAAAUAUCAUAGAUUCAGCAUUUACAUUACAUUAUCAUGUGUGGUGCGGGUUAUAUUACUGGAUCUUACUGUUACUGGAGAAGCUUUAGCCAGACAGUUUAGUCAUAAAGGAGGGAAUGUAUUUCUCAGAACCUGGUAAUAAAGUCUCAUAUACUUUCAAGCAUUUAA